AUGUCCCCUCUUAGAGGCUAUAUCACAUCAUACCCGCCGCGAGUGCGCCAAUAUGGAAACGCGUUGCUGACCCCCGUGUACCCGGUGCAGACGGGUCCUACUCCGCGGACGACGAAGCGCGGCACCACGGCAAUCAAUUAUGCUGAAGAUGGAUAUGACGACGAUGAUUUUGAUGAUAGUGAUGGUCCCCGUCGGCCAACCGGGCUCAGGAGUCUGCGCCGUGAGGAGUCAACUGGGGGCACGAUGUCUUUGUCCGAGAAAUUAGGGAAGGAAGCACAUGCGCCAGUCGAGGUGCAGGGAGUGUUUCGCGAAUGGAUGAUCAAGAGGAUGUUGCGGCCAGCAUGCGCGGACCAGCUACAGAUCCAAGCACAGCUACCAUUGACCCUCGUGCCUAUUCGAAUCGAUGUUGAAGUUUCGGCUCACCAACCUUUGGAACCCUUCCCUUUCCCCCGCGGCGUCAUGGAUCCUAGUGUCAACCCAACGCUCCCUGCAUAUCGGAGGCCAGAACCGUUACCUCCGUUCCGAAUCAAGGAUACCUUCCUCUGGAAUCUUCAUGAGGCCCUUGCUACUCCGGAAGAAUUCGCAAUCGGAUUCGUUCGCGAUCUCGACCUCCCGAACCCACAGGCCACUACAAUGACCAUCAGCAAUCAGAUCCGUCAACAACUGGAAGAAUAUGCGGGCGUGGCAUUGCAUCCUCUAUUCCAGAGUAGUCAGCCAAUUCCUGUGCCGAGCUUACCUCCUCAAACUGAAGCGUCACGCGACACAUCGAUGACUCCGGCCGCGACCAACAUAGAUACACCCGAUAGUCGGGGCAAUGGAGCCUUGGUAACAGUGACGAAGGAGGCGCUGGUCAACGACAGUCUUCUGAAUCCAGAUGAUGCCUACCGCUGCCUCAUCAACCUCAACAUCAAUCUACAAAAUAAGCUGUACACCGAUAGGUUUGAAUGGUCUUUGCUUCACCCUCCUGGAAUGGCGGAGGAAUUUGCCAAGAUUACAUGUGCUGACCUCCAUCUUGGUGGAGAGUGGGUCAGUGCUAUCUCACAUGGCAUCUAUGAGGCUGUCCUCAAACUCAAGAAGGAAGUUUGCGAAAGCGGCGGCCUUGUAUAUGGAAUCAAUGGCUACGGGAAUGAGAUCGACAACCAGGCAGCAAAUGGUGUCGAAGCUGGUUGGCGAUAUGACCCGGAGACUUUGGGCGAUGAGUGGGAGCCCAAGGUUGAAACAUUAUCCAAGGAGGAGAUCGAAAGGCGAGAGGGUGAUCGUGAGCGGCAAAUUAGACGUUUACGACGAGAAACUGCUCGGUUCUCUUCGACUGCGGGAAUCACCCCUGAGGCUUCUCGGCAGAGCAGUGGUGGAUAUUUCGAUGUCGAUAGCGAGACACCCCUGGGCCGCGGCGAGCGGAACAAGCGAAAGCGCCGGUUCCGCAGUCUCAGCCCGUUAGGUAGAGGCACCCCUGGAGGCCGGGGAACCCCUGAAACAGGUUCCGGUGCUGGCUAUGGUGGUGGCGGUGGCACUCUCACCGAUUGGGAACGCCAAAGCUGGCGAUGCAGCAACUGUAUGGUUUGGGGCACCGCAGUAUGGGCAGUACGAGAUGGACCGGACGGCCCAAGGACACUUUGCCACAAUUGUGGCUUCCUCUACGAACGAGACAAGACUGCUCCGGAAUGGUCUAAAGACCUUCACCGCCAUGAUGUCCCUGUCGGCCGCUUUACAUAA